AUGUCUGAAGAGCUGCAUCCAGCGCGGCCGAUUCUGCUGGCCGUGUGGAAUUUCUCGUCGUCGUGGUUCCUGGCCCCCCAGGGCGUGGCCAUCAUCGCCGUCAUCCUGCACCAGCUUCACUACCAAUUCGACGCGCUCCCCGUCCUCGCCAAAAUCGUCUGGAUCUACGCAAUUGUGCUUUUCAUUCUAAGCCUCAUAAUCUACAUCACCCGGGCAAUCCUCUACCCAAAACACGUCCUCCACCAGAUCCGCACCAGCGUCGUCGAAGCCUCCUGCCUCUCCAGCAUCCCCAUCGCCUUCACCUCCAUAAUCGACAUGAUCUCCCUGCAAUACACCGGCUCCGCCGACCUCGUCGCCUACAUCCUCUGGUGGAUCUCCACCGCCCUCUCCAUCACCAGCGUAAUCGGGGUCCCCUACCUGCAACUCAAAAUGCAGCCAUCCGGCCUCGAACACGUUCCCCCAUCCUUCCUCCUCCCCAUGAUCUCAAUCCUCACCUCCGCCGCAGGAGGGGGCACAAUCGCCGAGAACAGCAGUCUAAGCGCCCGCCUCCGUGUCCCCGCAAUCAUCAUCUCAUACAUGGAACUCGGCGCCGGGAUGGCGCUGACCAUCUGCGUCGACGCCUGCAUCAUGUACCACCACUUCGACCAGCUCUCCCCGGUGCGGGAUAACGCAUACCAGGACAUGGUGUUGUGCGGACCAUUCGGGCAGGCGAGUUUCGCGCUGCACAUCCUAGGAAGCGCCGUCUCGCACAGCUUCGGGGAGUAUAACCGGGGCACGCUGCUUACGGAGCAAGCGGCGGUGCCGAUAUCGUUUGUGAGCCAGUUUGCGGGCGUCAUGGCGUGGGGCUUUUCGACGUUUUGGUGGCUGUUUGCGAUCCUGAGUAUUGUUUAUACCCUGCAUGUGCAGUCUGGCGGGUGGAGGAAUGUGGAGUUUUCGUUGAGGGCGUGGGCGUUGAUUUUUCCGUGGAUGGGCAAGGAGAUGGACUCGCCGGCGUUUAACGUGUGGUCGACGGCGCUGCUGCUGAUGCUGGUUGUGAUGUGGAUUGUGGUCAAUAUCUUCACCAUCAAGGGUAUUAUCACAGGCAAGAUCUUUGGGCUGGAGAGGGGGUGGAGAGUGCCAAAGAGCGAGGAGCAUUCUGUAUAG